GUCACCUCAGUCUCCGCGUAGUCGCCGACUUGCACGCACGUGCGUCGUGUCUAAUUCAAAAUCAUAUUUUCCGAGUGAUCAUUUCACACGUGACUGUUUAUUGUGGACUGUAGAAAUUCGUUUUAUUGAUUUUCGGACUGAGAGGUAAGGUUGCCUUAUUAACGAUAAAUAUUAUAGGAACUGCCCGUAAAAGAAAUACUGCCACAUUAAUAAUUAUUGGUGUACAAAACGUGUGUCGUGUCGCAGUGAGUUAUAGUGGCGCAGUGCGGUGUCCUCCAGCACAAUGCGAAGACGAUCGCGCGCCUAGACGAUCCCACGCCGCGCACAUUAUGCAACCGCGAGCGAAAUAACACCAACUAUUGACUUAGUCGGUUGACAUUUAGCGCCAAUGCCGAACGAAUGACCAAAUGGCUUUAGCUAACUUCACACUAACAUCGGCCACCGCGCCGCCUCUUCUCCCGACCUCCUCGGAACCUCUCCACGUUGAUUUCGGUGACCUCCUCUAUUCCCCGGACCAAUCGGAACAACCACAACCUGGCCACGAACCUUUCGCCCCACCCGCCACUCAACAAAAGAGAUCCAAACUUCGAAAAAGAGCCGGUUCCGCCUACCUUCCACCCCCGAACCAGUUUACCCACUACCCACAUAACGACGUCCCACACAAUCCUUACAAUGGUCAACUACAUACACAAGUGUACCAACAAAACACGCGACUCGACGUGCAAGUUGAAAAUCAAAGAGUUGAAGAGGUGAAACGUUAUGACAACACGGGACAAUACUACCACGACCCGAGUGGUGAUUAUGAUUAUGAGCAGAGGAGAUUGAAUGAUCAGAACGGUCACUACAACCCGGGAUAUGCGGAUGCGCCGUACCCUCGCGCGACGACGCCCGCCCCAACUUCUAGUCGGAGGUUCGAAGGCAAUUCGAACCAGAAUGUUAAUAACUAUAACUAUUUGAACACUGUGAACAGACCGGCCCCGACGGCAGCGUCCCCGCCGCAAAGGCCGCUCAAUGAGGCUGAAACAAAAACGGGAAGUGGCAGCAAUGGACAGACGCCUCCGGAGCGGCCUCGCGGCUUCACCAAGGUGGAGACUGGGAACGCUGGCGGCAAAACGCAACUGCACGCUGUGCUCGACUACGAUGACGAUUACUAUGAUGACAUUCCUGGACCAGGUUCGGACGCAGAGUCUCCCGCCAUCACGCCGCUCCAGGGUCCAAUCCUGCUCCGCAACGGAACCGUCCCGGUGGUCCCGCUGACUUCGUACCCCACAGUCGCCAACGGCACCUUCUACCAAAUACCUAUACUAUGGACAGCCCUGUCGGUGGCUCUGGGAUACGAGCUCCAGGGCCAGAUCAUCAGAGGCAUCCCUUGUGUCAAGAGGAACUACCAGCUGUACUGUCCCACUGCUGGAAGUGCUUAUCCUUUAGACAAAAUAGAGUCAUUCAUAGACGAGAACAAGGCGCUGAUAAAGAGGAUGUACGGCACAUUCACGACGCCGGGCGGGAACCGGGUGCGGCGCGCGCCCGGCACGCCUGAUUUGCAUCACGGCGACUCGUUCUUUCGUCACGUCCGGCAAACCAACGCGCCAACACCGCCGGACGCCCGUGCGGGGAAUAGCACUGAUCGGGUAGACGCAUGUGAGAGCAAGACCACAAUAACAACGCCGUACUGGGCGAUGAACUCUGCGACAAAGCUGCGAGCAAUCGUCAACACCAUGCAUUUUGAGCAGGCCAUACACCAGGAGAUAUGCACUAAAACAACCACAGGGCGAUGUUCAGGCGAUUGCGGUUGCGAACAGAAGUACAAAUGGCACAGACUACUAGCUUACGACCCCAGCAAUGAUUGCAUGGGCAUCUUUAUGGACUGGUUCCUAUUCCCAUCCUGUUGUGUGUGCCGGUGUAACCCCUAAACAGACAUAUACUAUAGAUUAACUAAUAUAAAUUUGUAUAUAAUGUAAUGCGAAGUGAAAUUAUUUGAUCGAUAAAUGUUUGAAUGAAAAUUCUUCAUCAGAUGCCUUCAUCAUCUAUUUGUAAAAUUUAAUGCACAUAUUGUUACGAGAGCGCAAAAAAAAAUAAUUUUAAAUAAGCUCCUGUGGAAGUGAUAUAUUACACAAAUUUCAUUUCUAUCCGUUUCACGGUAAAAGUGACUUUUUUAUUUAAAUCUAAAUAUAUUGUUAAAAAGUUUUGUAUAUUUAUUUUUCAUACAAAAACUUUUGUACUUAAUGUUAACAAGUCGGCUGAGGACAGUAAAAUAAUAAUAGAUUUAAUAACGCCGUCAAAAAAAAACUUUAUACAAACUUAGAUAAAUUCUGACAAAAUGUCUUCGAAUUUUCGCAUUUGAUUUUUAUUAUUUGGAUCCAAUUCAAAUAAUAAAAUAAUAAAAUACAAAUAAUAAAAUACUUCAAAUAAUAAAAUACAAAGAUUUCUGUGCUAUGAAAGCAAGUUCAAAAAUAUGUAAGUACUAAUAAUACUACCAAAUGCCACAUUUAUUCAUUUAAAAAUUAUGGGUUAGAAACUUCUUUAUUAUAGUCAGCCUGAAAAAAGUUUAAAGAACAAACACAAAGUUCUAAAGAAUUACCCCCGUUAAAACAUAGGCUAUUUUUUUUAAAUUAACCUCCGAAUGACUAUAAUGGCGAAAAAGUUUGUACAAAAAUUGUAUCUGAUCCGAUUGUGCAGAGAAAUUCAUGCGAACAAGCGGCGGGACAAAGCUAGUGUGUGAUAAGAUCUUUUGUGCAUAUAAUUUUAUGUGCAAAAAAGCGUUUUUGUAUUGUAUUGUAUCAUCUAAUCUAACAAGUGUAAUACAACUUGGAACAUCACUAGCGAUCGAAGGCGUUAUUUGCGACUUUUCACAUUUCCUAUUAUAAUGUAUUUUCUUAUUAUAAUUUUAAGUAUUCAUUUUACACUGCCACUGUACAGUAUUGUAUGCAUAAUUGUAGGCUAUUACUCUACAUCAACAUUAAUUACUAAUUUAUUUCUGAUAGUAACACUGAUAUUCUAAAAGGUUGGAUAUUAUCAGUUGGGAGCUGAUUGCCAGUGUCAUUUGUACAAUAUCAUUAUUGUUUUUAGAAAAAAAAUGAUCUAGAAAAAAAAAAUCAUUGUAAUUUCUUUUCAAAUGUGUACUAUCUUUAUAUUCACUUGUUUUAUGAUAUUUAAUAGUACAUUUAUUUAGUAAGAUUGUAAAAUACGAUGUUGUAAAAAAAUAAAUAAGAUAAUACAUAAGUAAUAGUUUUCGAAGUAGUAUUGAUACUUUAUUCUUUUUACUCAUUAUAUUUUAUAAGUAAAUAUAAAGUAAAUAAUAAAU